AUGGAUUUUCUCUUCACCCCUCCUGUUCCUACUAUAAUACAACCGUUUGCAGACUUCAACCUGUCCUGUCCCUGUCAGCAGGAUUUAAACUCGACAGCUUCAUCUCCCAGCUCAGCAAACUUUGGGCUUUCCUACUUCACCAUGACGUUCGGGAUCCUCUCAAAUCUAACAGGCCUGGCCAUCCUUUCUAGCUCUUAUGCCCGCUUCCACCGCCGAGCAAAGACAUCAUUUCUGCUACUAGCCACCUCUCUGCUUCUGACUGAUCUGGCGGGUCAGUUGGUCACUGGCGCUUUUGCUUUGCACCUGCAUUUGGGAAAAGUCAGGAGGCCACUUGAGGCAACCAGGACUGAACCCCCUCAGGGUUUAUGCAACCUUUUUGGUGCCUGUAUGGUCUACUUUGGAUUAUGUCCUCUCUUGCUUGGCAGUGCCAUGGCUGUGGAGAGGUGUGUGGGCAUAACUCAGCCCCUUCAGCACUCCACUAUGGCCACCAUAGCCCAUGUUCGCGUAGCUGUAAUUCUGCUCAUAGCUGUAGCCUUUAUAAUAGCAAUGCUGCCCCUACUCAAUGUGGGCACCUAUAAACCUCAAUUCCCUGGUACUUGGUGUUUCUUACCCAUACAUGGUAAACUCUCACAUGCUGAUGCCAGCCUGGCAUUGGUCUUCUCAAGCCUGGGCCUUGCAGCCCUCACGGUCUCUCUUCUCUGUAACACUGUGAGUUGGCUGACACUUUUGCAAGCCAGGUUCAGCAACCAAGGACAAAAACCAACUUCUUCUAGGAGACACAGAUCAUCUACAUCAUCUUCACUGCAUUCUCUGGAUGUGGAGAUGAUGGUGCAGCUUGUGGUGAUAACUAUAGUUUCCUGUGUGUCCUGGAGUCCAUUUCUUAUUUGCAUCUCCACAUCAGUGAGACAGUUCUACAAAGGCUACAGCAAGCCAGAUCAACAUUAUGAGCAGCAGCUUCUGCUAGGCUUGAGGAUGGCAUCCUGGAACCAGAUCCUGGACCCAUGGGUGUACAUCCUCCUGAGACGGGCCGUGCUUCGCCGUGUGUGUGGCCUUCUUCAGCCCAACAGGAACAUUUUAACCCAGAGUAGCUCAUGUACUGGCUCAGAAAGACAGGAAAUCCAUUUACACUAA